CACUGCAGGUGGUGAGCGGUUGUUCUCUGGCUGCAGAAACCGACGUUAACUGAUUCCAUCUCGAUUUUCCAAUUUCCAGUGCCCUACCUUCCUUCCUUCAAUUCCCUUCUCUUUGUCAAUUUCUUCUCCGACAAUUGAAUCUCCCUUUCCUCUCCUCUCCUCUUUUCAUCAUAAAUGCCCGCUUCCAUCCUUUGAUCCUUAAUUCGUCGGCAGUGAGUUCCCAACAGGGAUUUAUGUCUGACCCUGAUAGGGAGGUAUUGGAGGUUGGUCACAGUCACAGAGGUGCAGAUGGCGGUGGUGUGAUAUGAAGAGAAAAAUAAAUAAGCUGAGCUGUGCAGGACAGAUGGCAUCUUUUAAUUCCCUUUUUGCAUUUUUUCCGUUAGGCUAUUUUGUCUUUUGGUCAGUAUAUGUAUGCUGUGAUUCCUCAUUGUGGGAAUGAGAAUAUUCUGGUUUUUCUUCAUCCUUAAACCUCUGUAUCCUCUCAUUUCUUUCUCUGUAAUCCAGAUCUAUAUUGAGGAAUCCAUAUCGAGGAUCUUUCUUUCUCCUAUAGAUCUUCCUUACUGUUUUCUCAUUUGCAUUUCUUGGUAUCAUGGUGACGAUGACCAUGAUCGAGAAUCUGGAACUAGUGGGACCCAGAUCAGGAAGAAGAAGCAAAGGGAAUAUGAUGGGUUUAGGAAGAAUUUCACUAAAGCAAAGCAGAUGUUCUACCGGAAGAAGUCAACUUCUUCAAACAAUGGCGAUAGAGGUUCCGAUUCCAGUUGCUUUUGUUUCAGAGGCCAAUCCUGUACAUUGGAAUCGAGCAAUACAAGCGAUCCCAACGACCCCAACUUGUUCAGCUAUGACAUGCUCAAAACUCUGAUU